CACUCUGCUGCCGCCAGGUCCAGCGCACCAUCGCCAAGCAGAUCCAGAUGGUGAAGCAGAUCGGGAAGGGUCGUUACGGCGAGGUGUGGAUGGGGAAGUGGCGAGGCGAGCGAGUGGCGGUCAAAGUCUUCUUCACCACGGAGGAGGACAGCUGGUUCAGAGAGACGGAGAUCUACCAGACCUUCCUCAUGCGACACGACAACAUUCUGGGCUUCAUAGCGGCCGACAUCAAAGGCACGGGCUCUUGGACUCAGCUGUACUUGAUCACCGAUUACCACGAGAACGGCUCGCUGUACGACUACCUCAAGUCCAACACGCUGGACGUCAACGCCGUGCUCAAGCUGGCCUACACCUCCGUGUCGGGGCUGUGUCACCUGCACACCGAGAUCCACGGCACGCAGGGGAAGCCCGCCAUCGCCCAUCGAGACCUCAAGAGCAAGAACGUUCUGGUCAAGAAGAACGGGACCUGUUGCAUCGCCGACCUCGGACUGGCCGUCAAAUUUAACAGCGGCACCAACGAGGUGGACAUCCCCCCCAACCUGCGCGUGGGCACCAAGCGCUACAUGCCCCCCGAGGUGUUGGACGAGAGCUUGAACAGGACCUACUUCCAGUCCUUCAUCAUGGCCGACAUGUACAGCUUCGGACUCAUCGUGUGGGAGAUGACGCGGCGAUGCAGCAGUGGAGGCAUGGUGGAGGACUACCAGCUGCCGUACUACGACCUGGUGCCCACUGACCCGUCCUAUGAAGACAUGAGGAAGGUGGUCUGCUUCAAGAAACAAAGACCAGCUUUUGCCAACCGCUGGGGCAGCGAUGAGUGUUUACGACAGAUAGGAAAAGUCAUGUCUGAAUGCUGGGCUCACAAUCCUGCCUCCCGCCUGUCGGCCUUGAGGGUGAAGAAGACCUUGGCCAAGAUGUUGGACUCCCAAGACAUCAAACCGUCUCACAGCGACACAUGAAAACAUGUUGAGGAGGUCUGGGACUUUACUUCCUGUGACACCACACUGCUUUCUGUGAAAGCCAAAGAAAGACUGCAGGAGGACUUUCUAAAGCAGUAUUAUAUUAUUAUUAUUGUCAUCAAAUGCAGUCUUUUGUACUGGACCUGUUUUAUUUGACAUCAGUGACCUCAUUAGGAGCAUUUUCUUACCUACUUGAACUCGAUUGGUUGACAAAAUAAAACAUUUAAAAGGUC